AGAAGGAGGGAGAGCGAGGACAAAGGCUUGUCCGUCUUUGGUACGGUCUCAUAUCACCGCCCAAAGAGGGAGGGACGGAAGGGAUCCGUACCCGAAUGCGUCGUCCUUUUCGUCGUCUUCUCUCCGCUAAUUUUGUGGAUUUUGAUCGAGUUUCUUGGUAGAGAGAAGCUGGAUUUGAGGAUCAAUGGAGGAAUUAGAUGGUGGCUCUUGGGUUUGCAGAGCAAGGUUCCCCCGCGUGCCCUUCCCUAGGUUGGAUACCGUGAAGCUUUCAGAGAGUCUAUUAUCUGCUCAACAAUUGGAUUUGAACAAGUCUAGCUUGGAUUUGAAGUUGAAGAACCCAAGAUCUUUGUCAAAAACUAUGAGCUUUACGCCUGGAUCAAAUGUAUCAUCAUCAGCUGCAACGUCCUCCAAUGACCUCGAUCAAAAGCUGAAGAAAUUGAACGUAGAUUCUUCUGAAUCAAAGCCAACAACAUCAAGGAAAAUAGACCCUGAUUCCAGGAAAUCUAAUUUGUUCUUGAAUAGGAAUGAACGAAGAUCAAGGGGAAAUAGAAGGUCUGUGUCUCCUCUUCGCAGUACCGAGCUCUCGGAUACCUUCAAAGAGGCCAGGUCUCAUGGAAAAAGAUUCUUUUCACCACCACUGAGACGACAUAAAUCCCAAAAUAAGAGUGUAUCGAAAGAUGCUUUUGUGCAACAUGCUACCAGGGCAGCAACACCUUCAAUUAUGGACAAGCUGAAAGGCAAGAAAGACAAUUCUUGGUCUAGUUGUUUUGAUGCAGGUGUUGGGAAAGUCAUGGCUAUAGAGACUACAGAGGAGUGGUCCGUCGAUCUUUCGAAAUUAUACAUUGGGCUUAGAUUUGCCUCUGGUGCUCAUAGUAGGUUGUAUCAAGGCCUUUACAAGGACCAAGCUGUUGCUGUGAAGAUCAUUAGGCAACCUGAUGAUGACGAAAAUAAAACUAUGGCUGUUCGAUUAGAGAAGCAGUUCACUAGAGAAGCUACCCUUCUGUCCCAUCUUUAUCACCGGAAUGUGAUUAAGUUGGAAGGAGCAUGCAGAAAUCCACCGGUGUUUUGCAUUAUCACUGAAUAUCUCUCUGGUGGUUCCUUGAGAUCAUUCUUGCACAAGCUUCAGCAUGAAUCCCUUCCUCUACAAAAACUUAUAGCAAUUGCUCUAGAUAUUGCUCGAGGAAUGGAAUAUAUUCAUUCACAGGGUGUUAUUCACCGUGACCUGAAGCCUGAGAACAUACUCUUCGAUGAACAUUUCUGUGUAAAAAUUGCUGACUUUGGAAUAGCUUGUGAAGAGGCAUGCUGUGAUGCUUUGGCAGACGACCCGGGGACUUACCGGUGGAUGGCCCCUGAGAUGAUCAAACACAAGUCUUACGGGCGUAAAGUUGAUGUUUACAGUUUUGGUCUGCUUUUAUGGGAGAUGGUAACAGGCACAAUCCCCUAUCAAGACAUGACACCCAUUCAGGCGGCUUUCGCCGUUGUUGAUAAGAACUUGCGGCCGGUUAUUCCCUGUGACUGCCCUGCGGAGUUGGGAUGCUUAAUCAAGCAGUGCUGGGCACUACAACCAGAGAAGAGGCCCGAAUUCUGGCAGAUUGUCAAGGUUUUGGAACAGUUUGAAUCUGAUGUUGCUCGUGACGGAAAGCUCAGCUCAAUACAGAAGUUGAAUUUUCAAGAUCAUAAGAAGCAGCUGUUUAAUUGGAUCCACAAGCCCAAAGCAUCCCAUGCAUAUUUCAGAACUUCUUUAUCCAAAAUGUCAUAACUUCUUUGGUUGUUUCUUCUUAUUUCACUUUAGUUUUGAUACCCUGUAGUUAUUCUGCCCUUGCCUUUUUCUUUAUUUCUUGUAGUAUUAAUCCAGAUUGGUUAAUUUUUCAUUACUAACAAUUCCUGCA